UACGGUUCUUUCCGUUUCCGGCCAUGGCCGCCCCGCUCCGGACUCUGAGCCGCACCGACUGCCCCGUCACCCGGGCCCGGCUCUGCCGCCUCCAGCUGCCCCAUGGCACCGUGGACACCCCGGUCUUUAUGCCGGUCGGGACCCAGGGGACGCUGAAGGGAAUCGCGGUCCCGCAACUGGAGGCGCUCGGCUGCCAAAUCUGCCUGGGAAACACCUACCACCUGGGGAUGAGGCCGGGGCCGGAACUUAUCAGAAAGGCAAAUGGGCUGCACGGUUUCAUGAACUGGAAGAGAGCACUGCUAACGGACAGCGGUGGAUUCCAGAUGGUGUCUUUGGUGGAGUUGGCGGAAGUGACAGAAGAAGGAGUACGGUUCCGCUCACCUUAUGAUGGGAAGGAAAUUCUCCUGUCACCCGAAAAAUCCAUAGAAAUACAGAAUGCUCUAGGCUCAGACAUCAUGAUGCAGUUGGAUGAUGUUGUUAGCAGCACAGUGUCUGGACCUCGAGUGGAUGAAGCAAUGUACAGGUCUGUUCGCUGGUUGGAUCGCUGCAUUGCAGCAAACAAGAAUCCCGGGCAGCAGAAUCUUUUUGCGAUUAUUCAGGGUGGCCUGGAUGCUGAACUGCGUAAGAAAUGUCUGACAGAGAUGAUAAAACGUGAUGUCGCUGGUUUUGCCAUUGGGGGACUGAGUGGUGGAGAGGGGAAGGAUCAGUUCUGGAGAAUGGUGAAACUGAGCACAGAAUAUCUGCCACGGGAGAAGCCACGUUACCUGAUGGGAGUGGGGUAUGCAACAGAUCUCGUGGUGUGUGUGGCUCUGGGCUGUGACAUGUUUGACUGUGUGUUUCCCACACGGACAGCGCGGUUUGGGUCUGCACUCGUUCCCUGGGGAUCUCUGCAGCUGAAGCACAGGCAAUAUGCCAAGGAUUUCAGACCCAUUGAUGAGCAUUGCGACUGCCCUACAUGUAAGAGGCACACCCGAGCAUAUCUCCACGCUCUGUUCAGGAGUGAUACUGCCGCCCUCCAUCACAUCACCAUCCAUAACAUUGCCUACCAGCCUCAUAGGAUCCACUCCAGGAGUGCGCUGAUCUGGGCCAGUCUGCCUGAAGUUCGUGCUGGAGCAAGAAUCCUUACUAUAGAGUGCAAGUGGAGUUUUACAUAAAUGAGAAUACAUUCAAAGAACAACUAGAAUUAUUUUUCAUCAAAAACCAAGGAUCUGGAGAGGCCCCACAGAACCUAACUCCAGUAUUUAUAUUGGACGUAAUGGGAAAAUCUGAUCCACUUAAAAGUCGCACUUUUGAGGAAUGUAACUCUAACUUUAAGUGAGCAAUUACUAUAUAAUAAUUCAGAAUGGGUGACUACUGCACUUUGUUCAAAAUCCCUAGUAGUAAUUGUUCAACAUAAUAAAUGUACUCAAACAGC